AUGUUGUCACUUUUCAAGUCGUUGCCUCUUGGGCUCUUGGCCAUUCAUUCUACGCUCACCUUUUGCGGCGUAUUGGCACAAGAAACUUCAUCCUCGGUUGCCACGUCUACAUCUGCUGGACUUUCUUCCACGACCAGCCCGGUCAGCACUAUCAGCGCAACCCCAUCAACCACCUCUUCGAGACCGCCCACCACCACAACGACAUGGAACGGCGUUCAGACUCCUCUGCCGACCCAGGCUGGAAUGGUAGCCGACUGCAACAAGUUCUACUUUACCAAGCGUGACGACUUUUGCGCACGGAUUUCCUCUGAGAACGGUAUAACCUUUGAGCAGUUCCUGGCUUGGAACCCAAGCGUCGGCAGUGAAUGCAAAACCUUGUGGGUUGGCGUGAAUGUGUGCGUCGGAAUCAUUGGUUUCGAGCCUACCCCAACGGAGCCGCCAAACGGCAUUGCUACACCGCAGCCGAUCCAACCUGGGCUAGUCAAGAAUUGCCACAAGUUCCACCUGGUUCAAGGAGGAGAGCUCUGCGGGAGUGUCCUCAACAGGUACGGAAUCACGCUCCAACAUUUCACCUCAUGGAACCCUGCCGUCGGCAGCCCUUGCUCUCUCUGGGCCGACACCCAUGUAUGCGUCGGUGUCUUCGACGCAAUCCCGAGCUACCAGUCGUACGGAUGCUAUACGGAAGUCCCGACACGAGCUCUGAGUUACGCAGGUCUGACUGGACAGUCGACGAUGACAGUCGAGUUCUGCUCCGUCUACUGCAUGGUUGAAAAGGGACGGUCCCUGUUUGGCGUCCAGUUCGGCGGCGAGUGCUGGUGCGGAGAUGCCCUCACGGUAGGCAGUCUCAGGACCGAAAGCACGGAAUGCAAUGUCCCCUGCACCGGAAACAGCACUCAAAGGUGUGGCGGAAACAGCAGGUUGAACGUGUAUGGCAAGCCGAACUCGCCGCCCGUGGCAUACAAGGCCCACGGUUGCUACACUGAGGGGACUAACACGCGCGCUUUUGGUAUCGCCAACCUGAUGAGCGACUCCAUGACCGUCGGGGUCUGCGCCGACUACUGCCUCCGCCAAAGGCGCACGACUCACUUUGGCGUCGAGUUCGGACGGGAGUGCUGGUGCGGGAACAAUCUCGGCAUCGGCGCCGUCACGGCCGCUGCCGGCGAGUGCAGUAUGGCUUGUGCCGGUAACGCAGCGGAGAAAUGCGGCGCCGCCAAUCGCCUUAAUGUGUAUAGCACUUCCAUCGACCCUCCGCCCAUGAACUUCAGAUACCAGGGAUGCUUUACGGAGUUGAGCAACUCGAGAGCUUUGAAUGGCGGUAAGUGCCCAAUACUUUCAUCAUGA